AUGAUGCCACUUCCCAAGUUCUCCACAGCAGCUCCGAUGUACCCCUCAGCUCAGAUCAUCGAAGACCGAUACAUAGACGACGAAAAGCUCUUGGAGAUAUGCAAGGAAAGGUUUGGAUGGGGCAACUACAAAUUAAAGUACAAGUUUAACAGAUGGUAUCUCCAAGCCCCUUGUUGGCUUGACGAAGAGACACUUGAGCUCUGCGAGAUCCAGUAUCCCUAA